UGUGCCACCACUCAUGCCUGUCCCUGUCCCCCGGCCUCCCCAUGUAAGCUCGACUAGCUAGCCCGGACAAGAAGCAACUCGCACAGACUCCCCCGGCCGGUCGAGCUAGCUGAUCAUCGUACGCGCGCGUAUAUAGGCGGCGGCGUGGCGCAGCGGAAGACAUGGUGAAGUUCUCAAGGGAGUACGAGGCCAGCAUCAUCCCGGAGUGGAAGGGCGCCUUCGUCGACUACAAGUGCCUCAAGAAGCUCGUCAAGAAGAUCAAGGUCGCGCGCCACGACGAGGAUGACUCGACCACCGCCGCCUCCGACGCCGACGCGCUCGUCGCUGGCGCAGGCGCCGGUGGCUUCUCCGUCCUCAACCCCGUCCGCGCCCUCGCAUCCCGGUUCGCGCCGAGAGUGCAAGCUUCUCCGGAGGAUGAGGAGAGCUCGGAUUCGUCGGGGGAGCUCGUGCGGCCCGCGGCCAGGCAUGAGCGGGAGUUCCUGGAGAGGGCGGAGGAGGAGCUGGAGAAGGUGGACGGCUUCUACGCCACGCAGGAGGCGGAGCUGCUGGGCCGCGGCGAGGCGCUCAUCGACCAGCUCCGCAUCCUCGCCGACAUCAAGCGCAUCCUCGCCGACCACGCCGCCUCGCGCCGCGCUAGGGGCCUCCUGAACCGCACCCGCUCCAUGCCGGCGACGGCGCCGCUCUCCCCGGCGCUAAGCGGCUCCGGCCGGUUCCUGCUCUCGGUCUCGGGCCUCGCCUCGCCGCAGUCCAUGUCAGACGGGAGUGUGGAGCUGCAGCAGGCGCAGACGACCGAGGGCGCCGCCGUGGCCGACGAGGUGAUGGCGGCGCUGGAGCGCAACGGCGUCAGCUUCGUGGGCCUACCAGGCAAGAAGGACGCCAAGAAGGACGGUUCCAGGGGCAGAGGCGCCGGCGCGCUGCAGAUGCCGGCGACGGUGCGGAUCGACAUCCCGGCGACCAACCCCGGACGGACAGCGCUCAAGGUGUGGGAGGAGCUGGUGAACGUGCUGCGCAAGGAUGGCGCCGACCCUGCCGCCGCCUUCGUCCACCGCAAGAAGAUCCAGCACGCCGAGAAGAACAUCCGCGACGCCUUCAUGGCGCUCCACCGCGGCCUCGAGCUCCUCAAGAAGUUCAGCUCUCUGAAUGUAAAGGCAUUCACCAAGAUUCUCAAGAAAUUCGUCAAGGUGUCAGAGCAACAGCGAGCAACGGACUUGUUCUCAGAGAAGGUGAAGAGAUCAUCGUUCAGCACAUCUGACAAGGUUCUUCAGCUUGCGGACGAGGUGGAGUCCCUCUUCAUGAAGAACUUCGCGGGCAACGACAGGAUGGUUGCGAUGAAGUACCUCAAGCCGCAGCAGCCCAGGAGCACACACAUGAUCACCUUCCUCGUAGGUUUGUUCACAGGCACAUUUGUGAGUCUGUUCAUCAUAUAUGGUAUUUUGGCCCAUGUUUCUGGCAUUUUUUCCUCUGCUGGAAAUACAGCCUACAUGGAAGUAGUUUACCAUGUUUUCAGCAUGUUUGCGCUCAUCAGCCUCCACUGCUUCUUGUACGGAUGCAACUUAUUCAUGUGGAAGAGCACCAGGAUAAACCAGAAUUUCAUAUUCGAUUUCGCCCCGAACACCGCUCUCACGCACCGGGAUGCCUUCCUCAUGUCUGCAUCGAUCAUGUGCACGGUGAUUGCCGCGCUGGUCAUCAACCUGUUCCUUAGAAAUGCCGGUGCGUCCUAUGCCAAUGCUGUGCCUGGCGCACUCUUAGUGUUGUCAAUGGGAGUUUUAGUCUGUCCGUUUAACGUGUUCUACCGCUCGACACGGUACUGCUUCAUGCGCAUCUUGCGAAACAUCGUAUUCUCUCCAUUUUACAAGGUUCUGAUGGCCGAUUUCUUCAUGGCUGAUCAGUUAACUAGCCAGAUUCCGCUAUUAAGGCACAUGGAGUUUGCAGCGUGCUACUUCAUGGCAGGAAGCUUUAGGGCUAAUCCAUAUGAGACAUGUACAAAUAGCCAACAAUACAAGCACCUAGCCUAUGUGAUUUCCUUUCUCCCUUACUACUGGAGAGCUAUGCAGUGUUUAAGAAGGUACCUGGAGGAACAUGACACGAAUCAGCUUGCCAAUGCUGGCAAGUACGUGUCGGCGAUGGUUGCAGCUGCUGUCAGGUUCAAGUACAGUGCUACACCGACGCCAUUCUGGAAGUUGAUGGUUAUCAUCUCAUCCUCAGGUGCCACUUUUUAUCAGCUCUACUGGGACUUUGUCAUGGACUGGGGCUUCUUCACCCCAAAAUCCAAGAACCGAUGGCUUCGAGAUGAGCUAAUCCUCAAGACCAAGUCUGUCUACUACGUUUCAAUGGUGCUAAAUCUGGCACUUCGCCUAGCCUGGACGGUGAGUGUAAUGAAGAUUCAUGUUAGUAAGAACCAGACUCGUCUACUGGAUUUCUCCCUUGCUUCACUAGAAGUAAUUCGGCGAGGACACUGGAACUUCUACAGGCUGGAGAAUGAACACUUGAACAAUGUUGGCAAGUUCAGAGCAGUGAAGACUGUCCCGUUACCAUUUCGUGAACUUGAAACUGACUGAGAAGACGGAGAGAAUAGUGUGCCCAAUACCAAGGGAAUUUAGGAUCGGAGUUCCAGGAAUGGUACGCUGACCCUGGUAGUCUUGCUGUUAGAUUUGGUGUCGAGGCGGAAAUAAAAUCUUCGGAAUGGCCGCCGCCGGCCGUUUUUGGGCCAAACAGCCAUCUGCCAUUUUCCUUUCAUCUUGGCUUGUUUCGUGCGGGGUGAAUUGAGGUGGACGAUGUUGCCACCAUCUCCUGUCCCAGUUCGGCGGCAACACCUCGGGUGAUUCGAGGCCGGCGUGCCCGAUUAAUUUGAUGACUGCCAGACGUUCGCAUAUUCGGGCGGCGAAGGACGCCAUGCCCAUCGGGUGCUCGGGUAAAUACCCGGAUAUAUAUUUUCUGUUCGAUUGGUUUAGUUUUUAGACAUAGGAAUUGUAAAUCAUAUUGUUUGUGACAUUGUAAAUGAGUUCGUCCAUGUUCAUGUGUU